UGAGCAUUCAAGAGUUUAGAAAAGAAGAUAUUUAGAAUUUUUAUUAGUAUACGAAAAAAUAAAAUGUGGGAAAAAUAAAGUUCUGAGCCGCUAAGUUUCCUACAAAAUUACAGAUUCUUUAAAUGAAAUUUUUAAACGAAUAGUUUAAGAAAGGAAUGUAUUCAUCGUAAUGAUGGUAAGAAAUCAUAAUAAAAUUGCAAAUUAAACAUAGAUUUUUCAUAUUAAAUGAAGAUUAUUAUUCCAAAAUUAUCAUAUAAGAACGUCAAAAAUUAAUAAACUCCUUUUUUGGAAAACUAUAUUCUUUACAUUUUUAAAUUAUUUUUUUAAUCACGUGUACUACAAUACUAACAUUUAUACAUCCACUUUGUAGAUACUACCUAUGACAACUUUUAAUCUAAAAUUUUCCAAUAAUUUUUGCUCUAACAUUCUUUUUUUUUCAUUUUUUUUGUGCUCACAAAAAAUGUAACUUACAUUAACUUCCGCCUUUAGUCGUGAAGGCAAAGAAAAAAGAAGAGAGAUAAAGAAUAAAAUUAAGCAAAAUACUCCAAGAAAAGAAUUUAAACAAAAUAAAAUUAGAAUGAAAAAUAAAAGUUUUUUCAACUAAAAAAUUCUACAAACUUAAUUUUCUUCCAAUGAAAAGAUGACAAAUUCAGAAAUUCUCCUAAAGAGAAAAAUUAUUGAUCUUUUACGUUGAUAUUUCUUCGUUAUCUAUAUAAUGUUUAUAUAUUGAUUUGAGUAUUUACAUAACAUGUGAAAUGCACGAAAAUAAACAGAGAUUUUGAAAAGGAAAUUAUCACUAAAACAGCGGAAAUAACUUCAUAAAAAGCAAACAGUUGUAAAAAUUGCUUUUAAAAAAUUGAUUUCUCGCUUUAUUUACUUCUUUUUUUCAAUUUAUGUACAACAUGUAGGUACAUCAAUUCCCCCCUCCCCCCCUCAUAAACGCCCAUAAAGUCACGAAAUGUAUUUUUCAUAUUGAAAAAAAAAUUGUUGUUUGAUAAAGAAGAUGCAGAGAGAGAAUGUUUAACAAAUUGCAGAGGUCAUAGGCUAUGGCAAAAGGUGAAUGUUUAAUUACAUAAUAAAUGCUAAUCUCAAUCAAGUGUCCAAAAACAUCAAAAUAUUUCUUCUUUUUUAGUAGAAUUCUUUAAAACACUUUUACACCGUUUUGUUCUUUUAUUUUUCUUUCAAACAAAGUAUUACUUCUAUGCCUUUUAUCUCUUAUCACUUCCCCUUUCAUUCCCCGCGGGCAUUUUUUCAACGAAAUUCUCUUCAAAAGCAUUCUUUUGUACAUGUGGAAGAAAAUAAACUAAAACAGACACUUUUAGUGAUAUAUUUUUGGGCAUUCUUUUUAUCAUUUUUUCAACACUUCAAGUCCCCCUUUUUUAACAGCUCUUUAUGUGUAUUCCAACUUUCUCUCUUUUCUCCUCCACAAAAUAUUACAUUGAUAAAAUUCUUAGUCAACUAAAGUAAUGCAUUCUUCGAGGAACUAAUUGUUUUCAAAGGGAAAAAAAACUUUAGAGGUUCCUUAUCUAAGGAACAAAAAGACGAAAGAAUUUCAUUAAAUUUUAUAAUUAUUUUAAAAAUAUUAAUGCAAAAGGUAGGUAGUCUUAACCGUUUAUCUGAUUAUUAUUUUUUUGUUCUGCUCAGUUCCUUAAAACAAUAAGGUAGAACUAAUUCUUUAAAAAAAAAAGAUUUUAUUAUUUAAUUUUUAUCACGACAAAAAUAAAAAUUAACACAAAAUACUAUUUUCUUAAAUUUUUAUGAAACAAAGGAUAAUUUAAACUACAUAAAUAUACGUUUUUCAGACUUAUUAUUAAAACGUGUAGUCAGUUAAUUUGCAUAGCUGAGAGCUCUAUUGUUGUAGGCUUAUCAUUCCCUGCAAAUUGGUAUAAAAAUGACUUCUUCUUGAAGUUCUUUCAGACACUUUUUACGUGAAUUUUGAAGAAUAUUCUUAUGCUAAAAUUUUUCCAAAGAAGCAAAUAAGCUACAAAAAUGUUUCAUAAAGAUUUUCUUUUAAGUUUCUUUUUACUAUUUCUUAUUACAUUAUUUCAUUUUGUAAUGUGCUGUGAGAGAGACAAUCAAAAUCAACCGAAUAUUGUGGUUCUACUAGCGGAUGAUUUCGGAUCACACGAUAUGAGUUUGAGGGGAUCUAAUCAAAUUCUAACACCCAACAUUGAUGCUCUGGGCUGUCAAGGAGUCAUUUUCAAUCGACACUACACAGCACCACUGUGUACACCAUCGAGAUCGGCUUUUCUCUCAGGGAAAUAUCCCAUAAACAAUGGGAUGCAGCAUUCGGUGAUCCUUGCAAAUGAACCACGUAGUUUGCCCCUAGAUGAGGAGAUUCUAUCGCAAUGCCUUCAAGAUGUUGGCUACAAGACACACAUUGUGGGAAAAUGGCAUUUGGGAUUUGCCCGAAAGACCUUCACACCAACCUAUAGGGGUUUUGAUUCACACAUAGGUAACCUAGGACCCUACAUUGAUUACUGGGCUUUUACCCAACAAACCAGCUACUACCCAGCUGGAUUUGAUUUUCGCUACAACAUGGAUGUCUAUCGCAACCGAAGUGAUGAAUAUGCAACGGAUGUUGUAACUUAUGAAGCAACUAACAUUAUUAUGAAUCAUAAUCAAAGCAAUGGACCCCUAUUUCUCUACAUUCCUCAAGUAGCUACACACAGUGGAAAUACAAAUGGUGGACUUCAAGCAACUCCGGAUGAUUUAGCAACUGUUACACAUAUCCAGGAUCCCGAUAGGAGAACUUAUGCUGCUAUGGUUAAGGCCCUAGAUCGAAGUAUAGGAAAAAUUAUUACGGCGCUGAGUGAUAAAGGAAUCCUUGAGAAUACUUUCUUCUUGUUCUUCUCGGAUAACGGUGCACCUACAGCGGGACAACUUCAUACAAAAGGUUCAAACUAUCCGUUGCGUGGGCAAAAGGAUAGUCCUUGGGAAGGAGCAGUUCGUGGUGUAGCCUUAGCUUGGAGUACGGACUUCGAAGAACGCCAUUACGUAUCAGAUAAUUUACUUCACAUAACCGAUUGGUAUCCUACACUAACCAAACUAGGUGGUUCAACUUGUUAUACUGAUAACAUAAUUGAUGGUAUUGACAUUUGGGCCACAUUAUCCUGCAAUAAUCCAUCAACACGCACAGAAAUGGUCAAUAAUAUAGACCCAGUUGAUAACUACGUCUCCUAUCAGUAUAAUGAGUAUAAAUACAUCGUAGGAACAACAUGGGGUGGCUCCUAUGACACCUGGCUUGGUAAUAUGCCCUACGAAGAUGAUCCUCAAUCAUCAAACUAUGCCCAACUUGUUAUGCAAAGUGAUGCUUGGCUAGCUCUCAAUCCCUACGCAUCAACAACUCUUACCGCAACCGAUGUUUUAAAUAUUCGAGCUGACACAGAGAUAGUUUGUCAAGGACAAGGCGUUAGUUGCAAUCCACAACAAGGACCCUGUCUCUUUCGCAUCUACGAAGAUCCCUGUGAAGAGAACAACCUCGCAUCGGAUCCUGCCUACAGCGCAAUAAAGACUACCAUUGAGAGUAGACUUGGAAGCAUAAUGAGCACAAUGGUACAACCCAAUAAUGUUCAUACGGAUCGAAAUGCAAAUCCUGCAUUUCAUAAUUAUAUUUGGACUUGGUGGCUAGAUGAUACUUCUUCACAGAGUCUCAGUAAUUUUUUCUAGUUUUAAAAAAAAUUCUUUUUAUUAAAAAAUAAAACAUAAAAAUAAAGUAAAGACGAUCUCCUUCUGGGAUGAAGGACUAAGCCGUUAAAUUUUAACUUAAAAUCGAAUGUUAAUUCAAUUAUAAAAGAUUUAAAAUAAAUUUUCAAGCAUGAAAAAAA